GCGGAGGAGCGCUCCGGGAGCGCCCCGCUCGGCUCGGCGAUGUUCGGGGAGGAGGAGGCGGAGGCGGAAGGGCGGCCGCUCGCGGAGUAGGCGAAGGCGGCGAGGCACCUGCCCCGCGGCUCCCCGCGCCCGGAGGAGGAGGAGGAGGAGGAGGCGCCGCGCUGCGCGGCCGCCCCGCAGCCGCGUCCCCGCGCGGGCCGGGCCGGGCCGGGGGAGGGCGGCGCGGGGCAGCCCCCGCCGCGCCGUCCAUGGGGCGGCGGUGAGCGGCGCGGCGCGCAGGCAGCAUGAAGUCGCUGCUCUUCAGCCGCUUCCUGCUGCUGCUGCCCUGGGUGCUCGUCGUCAUCGUCGUGCUGGACAUCGACAGCAGCCGCGCGCCGCUGCCCGCGCUGGCCCCCCGCGGCGGCGGCCGGCCCGCGGCGGCGCGGGCGCCCCCCCAGCGGCGGCGCGAGGCGGCGCUGCCCACCAUCUAUGCCAUCACGCCCACGUACAGCCGCCCGGUGCAGAAGGCCGAGCUCACGCGCCUGGCCAACACCUUCCGGCAGGUGGCGCGCCUCCACUGGAUCCUGGUGGAGGACGCGGCGGCGCGCAGCGAGCUGGUGAGCCGCUUCGUGGCGGGCGCCGGGCUGCCCUGCACGCACCUCCACGUCGCCACGCCGCGCAGGUACAAGCGGCCCGGGCUGCCCCGCGCCACCGAGCAGCGCAACGCCGGCCUGGCCUGGCUGCGCCAGCGCCACCAGCACCUGCCGCCGCCCCAGCCCGGCGUGCUCUUCUUCGCCGACGACGACAACACCUACAGCCUGGAGCUCUUCCAGGAGAUGCGUACAACCCGCAAAGUAUCAGUGUGGCCCGUGGGACUUGUGGGAGGACGACGGUACGAGCGCCCUAUUGUGGAAAACGGCAAAGUUGUUGGCUGGUAUACUGGCUGGAGAGCUGACAGGCCAUUUGCUAUUGACAUGGCAGGAUUUGCUGUGAGUCUUCAAGUGAUUUUGUCACAUCCAAAAGCUGUAUUCAAGCGGCGUGGUUCUCAACCAGGAAUGCAAGAAUCUGAUUUUCUAAAACAGAUAACAACAGUGGAGGAACUGGAACCAAAAGCAAACAACUGCACAAAGGUUCUUGUAUGGCACACACGAACAGAAAAAGUAAAUCUAGCUAAUGAGCCAAAAUAUCAUCUGGACACAGUCAAUAUUGAGGUAUGAGCUGGAGAUACAGUUAUACAGGAAAUAAGCGUACAAUGGAUAUGUCAGAAGAUGGGAGAAUUCAGUCAGUUAAAAUAGCAUACUCCUGUAUGAGAUCUUUUAUUAGUUGUCUGACGGACUUCUGUGGAAACAAAAAAAGUUGUCAUAUACCCUAAUAAGCAAAUGAAAUGGGUGUGCUUUGUUCUAAUUUAUUUGCAUGCAUUUUUGAACUUGGUCUUAAACAGACACUUACCUUUGUUUUAAGACUGUUUCCACAUAGUAAAGACAAUCAAGAGACAAACAUGACUGCAAUGGAAUAUUUUCAAAAUCAUUAUUUAUGUAUAUAGUUUUUGUAUUUAUCCAACCUAAUGGUGUAAUUAUAAAUUGAUUUUAAAUCACAAACUGUUGACCACCAAAAUAUUUGUGUAAAUGGAUCCUCCAAAUUGAGUAUGUUUUCCUUCAUUAAAACAGACUUCUUGAAGAAAAAGCGAUCAGACAGGUCAUACAAUCAUGAAAUAAAAAAAAAUCCACAAUCGUUUAUGGAUUUAUCCUUUUAAUAUAGGGAAAUAACAUUUUAUUAUUACGAGGCACCAUAAAAUGUAAACACAAUCACUGUCAUAAACCUGGAUAUCUCUGCAAGGAAAAAUAUAUCUGUUCACACUGAGUUAUGUUGUAUACAUAUUGUGCCACUAGUCCCCAGCAUUAACACUGUGUACAUGCCUCAUAAGCCAGAUUGGAUAUCUUAUCACAGGAAACUCCAAUGGAUCAAAUGGUCUUUUUUUAAAAGAAUAAACUAUUAAUUUGUAGAACUACA